AUGCAAACACAGCCACAGGAGGGGAGUGCACGAGUCGUGCGUCUGGGCUUCAUCGGGGCCGGCGAAGUCAACUUUGGCAGCGACACGGUGGCAGUGCCCUGGAACCAUGCACGCGUGGUCGACCUCCUCGGCCGCGGCGAGGGCUGGGGCGGCCUGGCCCCCGUGGGCCUCAGAAUCGUGGGCGUGGCCGACGUCAACGCCGCCCGCGCUGACGCCGUCGCCGACCGGUGGCGCGCCAAGAGCCCCCAGGUCUUUGGCGAGGCCAAGGGCUUCGGCAGCGUGACGGACAUGCUCGACCAGGCCCGGCCCGACGCCGUCAUCAUCGGCCUGCCGCCCUUUGCCCACGGCCUGCCCGCCAAGUUCGACUUUGAACUCGAGUGCGCGCGGCGCGGAGUUCACAUUUUUGUCGAGAAGCCCAUCUCGUCGCACCCGCCCGAGCUGGUGUCGCAGGUGCGCGAUGAGCUCGAGCGACUGGCGGCGGAGCACGGCGUGGUGGUGUCGGUCGGGUACAUGUUCCGCUACUCGGCGCCGGUGCUCAAGCUGCGCCAACUGCUGGCCGAGCACGCCGCCGCGCACCCUCAGGCGCCUGCGGUUCGUGCCGUGCUGCUCAAGUACAACACCGCUUACCCCGCCAUCGCCAAGGCCAUGUGGUGGGACGUGCGCCUGUCCGGCGGUCCGGGCUUCCUCAGCCUCCUGCCCAACGACGUCGUCUCGGGCAAGAGUGUCGAGGCCGGCCUGCCCGCCGAGUUCCGCGUGCCUCGCCUCACCACCGCCCACUGGCGCUUCGAGUCUGGCGCUGUGGGGUCGCUCACGCAUGGGGUCAUGCUGCACGGGGACCACUACGAGUGCGAGAUCGAGGUGUGGGGCGACGGCAUCCGCAUCCGCCUGGAGGACCCCUACGGCCGGGCCCGCCUCCUGGUCUCGCGCGACCAGGGCGCCGAGAAUGUGCAGACCGAGGAGGUGAUCACGUUCGCCGAGGGCGAAGACAACUUCUACGAGAAGGAGCUGGCGGCGUGGCUGCACGCCAUCGCCACGGGCGACGCCAGCGGCAUCCGGUCGUCGUACGCCGACGCCUUCAAGACGUUCGAGCUCACCUGGGCCAUCCGUGCUUCAAGCGAGAAGAACCGCUGCUGA